AUGAGCACCGCAACAGUCACAUACCAUAAACUGCCGCCACUCUCAGGAUGGAAUCCGAAUGAACCAGAGCAGAACUCUCAACUAAGAUCGGCGCAGAACAAUCAGCAGAACAGCUACGUGGGAGGACAGGAGUUCACUGGUGAAGAGUUUGGCGUUAGGAAGAAUUUAUGUCGACAAAAGCCUGUGCUAAGUCUUUUCGAACCAACUAAGCGUAUUCGCGUUCCGAUGGGUUAUCGAUCGGCCAAAUCGGAUAUUUCAUACUCUUUGCGAUGGCAAACCUGCGAAGAAGUGAAAUGGUCGCAUUACAUCGCCCAAGAACGGUACCACGACCAACUAGCUCAGAAUCCUAGUCAGAUUGCCCGUGUGCGUGGCCUUGAGUCUCGUUUUCGCAAGGACGCUUGGAACACUGAAAAACACUCCCUGUUGUUUUGUUCUGGAGGUCUAAGAACGGAUAUUGGAGGUCCAUAUGGUGAGAAUGCUGGUGAAAUGUACUUAAUAUUGCAGCAACCAACAAGGAAGCCGAGAGGAUCGAAAUGUAGAGCUCCGACAUUGGCGUUGCCUGGCGAGGAGUUGUGCCUCGUAUGUGGGGACAAGGCCUCAGGAUAUCACUACAAUGCUCUCACUUGUGAAGGCUGCAAAGGCUUUUUCCGACGUUCGAUCACGCGUCGGGCGGUUUACUAUUGCAAAUUUGGACAAACAUGUGACAUCGACAUGUAUAUGAGACGAAAAUGCCAGCAUUGCAGACUCGAAAAAUGCAUGAGGAUUGGGAUGAGAGCCGAAUUGGUCAUACCAGAGGAACAAUGUCGGAUGAAGAGAGAAGCAAAACUGCGACAACGAUCGAAUACUAGGGAAGGAUCAGAAUUGCCUUCACCAUCUUCAAGCGAAUUGCCAUCACAGAUUGUUUGUGACUCGGCCGUAGUGGAGCACGACUUGCCGCCUGAGACAAAUGAACUCAUCUGUAGAAUAACCUCCACUUCACAACAAGCUGCGCUUGUUAAGGACGAAGCUAUUGCUUCUCUUUCGAUGCAAACAUCUCCACGCUCCUCAGCGUUCCAGCAAUUGGCAGAGUUAACCAUACUAGAAGCCCAACAUGUUCACGAAACAGUGCGACAAUUACCAGGAUUCUCAAGGCUUUGCGAAGAAGAUAGGAGAAUACUGCAGAAGGCCUCGAAGACUGAAAUCCUAAUGCUUCGUACUGCGAGGAAGUAUGACGCCACUGAACGUUGCCUUUACCUUGGGCACGACCGCUACUCUUUUCGAUAUGAUAUGCAGAAGUACUGUGAGGCAGGAAUGGCACCGUUCGCCGACUUCGUUUUCGAAUUGGCCCGGAGACUUGCAGAAUUAGCGCCUGACACUACUGAGAUGCUGCUAAUGGAAGCUGUGAUUGCGUUUUCGGAUAAAUUUGUAGAAAGACCUGGCUUGUUAGAUGCUCGCACGAUUGAAGAGACUCAGGAGAUCUACAUUGAUGCCCUACAGCAGUAUGUUGAGGUGAAAAGAUCCAGAAAUGUCACAUCUCACCAUCGAUUCCUUGCCAUUCUGGCAGACCUCCGAAGAUUUCUUCUAGAACAUGUAGAAGUCGCAUCGUCUACGAAUAAUGACUACGACAGCAUUCUUGAUGUCAAACCGGAGAAAUCUUUGCUUGAACAAAUGAUGCUGCAAAGAGAUCAUCCGUUCUCCUCCUAUCAUGCUUCCCACUGA